CACCCUCACCCUCACCCUCACCCUCACCCUCGCCUCCGCCCUCACCCAGUGUCCACUAUGGCGCUACGUUCAAAGGACGACUUCCUGGCACAACUCCAACCUGCCUGCGGCGCGGAAAUCGCCAUCGCGCCGGACCAACAGUGUCCCGUGUGCCACGAGCCGAUCGUCGAGCCGACUUCGACCUCAUGUGGCCAUGUCUUCUGCUUCAAAUGUUUGAAGCAGUGGCUGGCGACGUCGCAUACCUGUCCAUCAUGUCGCCACGAGCUUUACCAGAAACCAGGGGCGGACGGAGAAGAAAAUGAGUCGGAGCAUGCCCUGCCAACUCUUGUUGACCGCAUGCUGGCACGCGUCGUUUUCGAUUUCCCAUACGACGGAGCUGCCGUCCGCGACAUCAUCGACAGAAGCCCUGAUCACGUCUGCAUUGCCCAUGCAAUGCUCGUCUGCUCACUGCUUUCCCAAAACUCAUUCGUCAAUUACGACACCCUCCUCGCUGCUGCUGUUGCUGCUAUCCUGACAACCUUGCGCCAACCAGGCAUCCUCACCGUGGCGGUAUCAGAUCCCGAAAUUCGAGAGGGCUGGAAGAGCAUAGCGUCUGCAAUCGAAUCGGUACUCUCACGACUCAGUCAGCAGACCCUUCCUGGCUCGCAUCUUUUUCUAGCAAUGGAGAAAGAAGUCCAACGCGUACUGCGAGCCCCAAACAACGAGUCGCUGUUUGCGAGACGAGGGUCGUCGUCGCCGAAUGACACUCUCCCCUACGCCUGGCUUGAGCUUAGCUUCACUGCGGUGCUGCGACAAGUGGUUCAGGCAAGCUAUCAGGCAAAUGCCGAGCAAGUUGCGCCCCCACAAUACCGGCAGCCGGAAGAAUUGUCUGCUUUCACUGCUCCACCUUAUAUGGUACAUCCACAAGACCUUUUAAGGGCCAUUCGGUCUUUACGGCCGCAAAUGGACUGGAUGGAAAGGGUGCGGCCCUCUAUGACAGGUGAUGAGCAAGUCUACGUCAGCCAAACACUACUCAUGCCCCCACUAUUGGCGUCGUUCAAAUGCAUGGGUGCAGCCCUGAGCGACAGUUUCUGUCAAGGCACCACCAAUCUGCCACUUGGGCGUAGAUACAAAAUCGCCCUUGAGAUCUUACAACAAAGCGCCGCCAAGACCCUCUUGAAGCUCAACGGAGAGACCGUGAGAUGCGGGGACUUAUACGAGUCAAUUGGAAACAAGUUCUCGCUAUCUCUUGGUGACUGGCCAGAGCAAGAUCGAAAUGAGGCUGGAUUUGAGGAAGAUUUGCCGAAAAUCUUGGCUGAGUUCAAGGAGGGCGAGCUGCUGCUGCUUCUCAUGCCCUGCUACCUGGUCGGCAUCAGACUUCACGAUGAGACACAGCUCCCACGUGUCAACGCCGCACCAAACGGCAACGCACCGGCCACCACUGCAGAGUCGAAUGGCCCAUAAGCUGUGCGACCCUUUUUGUAGUAACACACCUGGUCUAUCCAAAGAAGAGAGAAGAAGAAGGGGCCACACCAGAGGCAAAGCGACCGAGAGAUUCAGCCAGAAAUAGAACAGUCUCAUCACCACGACCUCGCAAUCGCGUCAUCAAGGAGCUCCUGGCAAGGAGAGCUUCCGCUGCUGCAAAAAUCGCGCAAGGCACUCAGCCCAGAACUGGACGCGAUCGGAGAAGAACGUAGGAACGAUCUCAGAUACAACGCGCAUGAAAAUGAAUUCGAACUUACUCAGUCCAACGAAGUAGUAAAUGCAAAUCACCUCACAACUCCAAUUACGUGGAGAGCAAUAGC